AUGGCAAUCCAAAAGAAGCAUGGCAAAGGCCGCUUGGACAAGUGGUAUAAACUCGCGAAAGAAAAGGGCUAUAGAGCUCGUGCUGCGUUUAAAUUGAUACAACUCAAUAAAAAGUAUGGAUUCUUAGAGAAGAGUAAAGUACUUCUAGAUCUUUGUGCAGCACCCGGGUCCUGGUGUCAAGUUGCCGCAGAAUGUAUGCCGACGGAGUCUCUUAUCGUUGGAGUUGACCUUUCGCCUAUAAAAGCCAUACCUCGAGUCAUCACCUUCCAAAGCGAUAUAACAACGGACAAGUGUCGCGCCACAAUUCGACAGCAUCUGAAGACCUGGAAAGCUGAUACUGUCCUACACGACGGAGCACCCAAUGUCGGUACAGCGUGGAUUCAAGACGCAUUCUCUCAGGCUGAGUUAGUGUUACAAUCUUUGAAGCUUGCAACUGAAUUCUUGAUCGUCGGUGGAACAUUUGUCACAAAAGUGUUCAGAUCAAAAGACUAUAAUUCGUUACUAUGGGUAUUUAAGCAGCUAUUUACUUCUGUAGAAGCAACAAAGCCGCCAUCGUCACGGAAUGUUUCUGCCGAAAUAUUCGUUGUUUGUCGAGGAUUCAAGGCUCCAAAACGUAUCGAUCCGAAAUUUUUAGAUCCUAGACAUGUCUUCGCCGAGUUACAAGACCCUACACCAAAUAACGAAGCCAAAGUGUUUAAUCCCGAAAAAAAGAAGCGAAAGAGAGAAGGAUAUGAAGAAGGAGACUAUACUCAGCAUAAAGAGAUCUCAGUCACAGAAUAUAUCAACACAACAGACCCGAUAGCAAUUCUUGGAACGUAUAAUACCCUGAGCUUCCAACAGUCCCCCAAUGGCGAUCUCGCCUUAGCGACACUUGAACGUCUUCCUGAAACUACUGACGAGAUUCGAAAGUGUUGUGAAGACCUGAAGGUUUUAGGUAAGAAAGAAUUUCGGACCCUUCUGAGAUGGCGUCUAAAGGUGCGAGAGCAAUUUGGGCUUGCGGUUAAAAAGGGGGGUAAAAAAAAUGAGGAGGCGGAAGAGGUUGCUGAAAUCGAACCGAUGGAUGAGGAAUUGGCCAUCCAGGAACAAUUGCAGCGAUUACGAGAUAAUGAAACCGCAAGAAAGAAAAAGGAGCGCCGAAGGGGAAAUGAACGCAAGAAUAAGGAAGUUGUUAGAAUGCAGCUACACAUGAUGACACCCACGGACAUUGGAAUAGAGCAAAGCGGGCCGAUUGGCGAAGGGUCGAUGUUCUCUAUUACACCAAUUACCCGAGAAGGUGCAACAAAAAACAUAACCAAGGGUAAAAUGGUUGAUGUAGAGAGUGAUCAUGACGAUGACAACACAAGCUCAGAGGAUGCAGAAAGCGAUGAUGAGGAAGACCAACUUGAGCGAGAGCUUGAUGCCAUGUAUGAAAAGUAUCAGGAGAAUCGCGAAGAUCGGGAUUCAAAACUAAGAGCAAAGAAAGCCCGCAAGGCCUUAGAAACAGAAGAAUGGGAGGGCUUUUCAAAUUCUGAUAAAGACAAUGACGAAACCGCCGGCGACUCAGAUACCAUUUCUGAGCAGCAGCUGGGUAUUCUUGGGAAAGCUCAAUCCAUUGGUCUUUCGAACAAAGCAGCUCUAUUUUUCGAUCAAGAUCUAUUCGAUGAUUUAGGGGAGCUUGAUGACGAGCAAGAACAAGGCAACGAUGUAGAUGACGAUCCUUUAUCACCUGCUAGCUCGAACGGCGACAUUUCCGAAGGCUCAGAUAAUGAAAGCAACAUGUCAACCGAUUCAUUCCCGACGAACCUAAAACUGUCCGAUACCACGCCUUCUGCUGAUGCAAAAACGGCGGGUUUUGAUGAAGAAGGCGAUGAUCCUCGUAGAACGGAUGGCAAACUGGAUAUUGACAUCAUCACCGCCGAAGCCAUGGCACUUGCCCAGCAAAUAGCUACUGGGGAGAAAACCUCAACCGACGUCGUCGAUGACGGGUUUAAUAAAUAUUCCUUUCGGGACACGGACGGCCUCCCAGAGUGGUUUCUCGAUGACGAGGGUAAGCAUUCUAGGCCCCAGAGACCAAUUACCGCCGCAGCUGCAGCUGCAAUUCGCGAGAAGUUACGCGCCAUCAACGCUCGGCCGAUCAAGAAGGUGCGCGAAGCCAAGAGCAGAAAGAAAUUCAAGCAAGGCCAGCGUCUAGAGAAGUUGAGAAAGAAAUCGGCUCUCUUGGCAGAGGAAGAAGGGGUCAGCGAAAGAGAUAAGGCUCAAAGUAUUGCAAGGAUGAUGUCGCGAGCUAUGAAAAAGAAGCCGAAACAGAAUGUCAAGCUGGUUGUGGCCAGGGGAGGCAAUAAGGGAGUCUCUGGUAGGCCAAAGGGAGUCAAGGGAAAAUAUAAGAUUGUCGAUUCAAGGCUGAAGAAAGACGUCAGAGCGCAGAAAAGGCUAGCAAAGAAGCAAAAGAAGUAG